AGUUCGCUCCGACAUGGUGUUGAUCACACGCAGCGCGCGCGUGAACGGUGCUUGCUGCAUCAGUGCAGUACGCGCGUGUGGCACUGCCAGUAACGACGGCUGCCGCCGACGCCCCGCGCUUCCGUCAGGCGCAUUCAGUCGCACCAUCUCCAACACUCUCGGGCUGUGUAUCCUACCCCUGAAUACCUUCAACACGUACACAGCGAGAGUGACUUCUCUUCUGACUUCGAGCUUGUAGUACCCUACCAUACCAAGUAAAAAAAGAGUAGGAUACAACAAGGGAUAUCCCUUAAUUAUCUUAAUUAUCAUAUAGUCCUACUACCCGCGGUAUCGUGCCAAGAACGCUGGCUGCGUUUCCCCGCUGAACGGCUAUACUUAGCCUUUGAGCGAGAAAAGAACCAGCCCUCUUAUCACCAGCAGCAACGACCAGCCGCGGAUGGAGUUCCUUUAGAAACUUCACUGCACGUGAACCCCACGGACCGAUAGUCUCUACAGCAAAUGGCACAAAUAUGUAGGCAUCUCUCAGAGACUCAUAUUUGCGUCACUUACCCAGUUCAGCUGCCUCUGAUGCCGCCCCGACUCUAAACGAGGUACCCCUGAGAUGAGAGGCCGCGAGAGUGUCUACAAUAACAUUGGCCAUUACCAAGAGAUGAACGACAAAGAUGCCUUUUUAGGUGACGUACACGGAACAAGCGAAAUCAUAAAAUCAACAGAUGAAAAUACGGACUCGAACAUACCAUCAUCUAAUUGUGGUCUUGGAGAAGAUCCUUUUAUAGCCGUGUGUCAAAAUGUAUCCUCACCAUAUUUAUUCUCGUCAGAAAAUCAGCAUGGUGUCGUGUCCCUCUUAAAUAUUAGCACAGCUUUAACCCCUUUAAAUACCUCUAUCUUGACCUUUGUCACCUUUCCCUCAACCGAUUACCCCAGCUGUUGACAACAAAAGACAAACACCUAUUCCAUCCAUAGCAAAAACCUAUGGUGAAGUAUGUAAUGAUUUUUUUGUCUCACUCACGAUGUUGCAGACUAUAGCAACUGUCAAUCAAUCAACACAGCUGUAUCUUCAUGCCAAUCGUCUCCAGCGCCUCUUAUUCCAUGUAGAAGUCAAAAACGUGUCCGAAAUUAUGAUGAAGAGAAAGAAUUUAAAAGAAAACGCUUAACGAAUGCAGGAAAAGAAUACUCCUCCAAAAAGGGCGUUAUUGUUCCAGCAAAAACUAUAGGUGGCCCUUGCACGCGUAGAUAUAAAUGUUACACUAUGUUCACUCUAGAAGAAAGAUAGGAUGCAUUUUAAAAGUUUUUCAAAUCAGGUGAUCGUGAGAAUCAUACUACAAAACAGAAAAAGAAAAGGGGUUUUCAAAGAGAUUUAAAGCAUAAUUGUUAAUUCAUUUACAAGUAUUUUUUGCCAAAGGACACAUCAAAAAUAGAGGUUUGCAAAAUCAUGUUUUUAAGUACGUAUUCGAUUAGUGAAAGGUUAGUCCGGACAGCUUGGGAUAAAUAUGACGGAAGCACUUUAAUAGAAAAAAACACUUGUACUUCGAAAGGACACUAGAAAUUACAAUACUCCAAUCGUACACAAAGCAUAUGUGGGUCCAAUUCCAAUCAGUAAUGAUAAAUAUAAUCUUAUUAGUCUUUGCGAUUCCUCAAUAAUACUCGUACCUACCAAAUACCAUUACUCUUUUAGAAAUUUAACUCGUGAAAAUAAUGUUUCUGGUGAUAACAAUGGAUCUGAGUGAAUAAUUGUGCAAUAGAAUUGUUUAUGCUUUUUAAUUACUUAUAAUAUUUCUAAUAAUUGAAUAAUAAUAAUCUCUUAAUUAGAUCUGUGAAAUUGUAAUUUUUAAGAAUUUAUUCAUUAAAUUAAUGUUGUUACUACCCUAUAUACGAGUAUAAGAAUGAUUGUGGUACUACAACUUUGCUAAUAAAUGAUUAGUGUUUAAGUUUUAGACUAAAUAAGUAAUUUACCAAAAAAAGCAGUUUUUUUGGUCUUUUUUAUUAUAGUCUUCUUCUUAGUCUAUGUAGUACAAAAUUAAAGUUUUUCAUAAUUACUUAAUUCAACAUGAAUGUUUAUUAUAUUGAUUAAAAAAGAGUUUAAAGACCAGAC